AUGAUUUUGAUGGAGGGAUUGAUGUCGGUACCUCCAGAGCGAGGUACCUUUAUCGGGAGGGCAUUGUGGAAGCCUCGAUACGUUGUUCUUGGGACUGGGGCGCAUUUGAAAACACAGACAGACAUACUCUCCGAGAGCACAGGAAAGUCAUCGUCCAGGAAAGGGCUUAAAUCAACACCUUCGAAACCUAAUCUCGCCGAGACCCUUCCUCCACAAGAAGAUAGCCAAAACCCCCGAUUAUACGUAUCGAUAUAUAAGGCAAAGGGCGAUUGGGAAUUCGUCUCACAACAUCCAGUCUCUGCAUUCACGACAUGCGAAAUUCGGACACUACAACACCGAAAGCAGGGCACUUCUCUCCCAACUCUGAUGCUUGAGUUAAAACCCGAUUCCAUGUCUGAGAAACAGCGCAAACGAAGAUCAAGCCGCACAGCCGGGCUCACAUCUAAAGAUCCAUGGGCGAACGUGCUCUUAUUUCGAACUGUUGCCGACGAGAGACAUACCAUAUAUGACUGGCAGGCGGCGAUAAGGUCAAAACUAACCAUAGAUACUCCAGAGGACAGCCCACUUACACCUAUGAGCCCAUCUUUUAAUGCUUUUUCAAAUCCCUUUGCACCUCGAGAAUCAAAGGGCUCUCCAAGACCGGACUUAUCGCAACGAUCGUCCAGUCAUACCAUUAACACAUAUCCGCAUGCACCUCGAGACAGGCCUUCAAAUAUAAUAUCGCCCUCACCCAGCUUGAGAUCGCGGCGUUCUGAUCUUUCAUCUCAAUCAAGCUCACUACAUCCACCUAUAGGUUUCACCUCACACCUUAACAACUAUCCUAAUACACUUCCUUCAGAUCUUCCCUCACCUGCGUCUACCUAUGAAACUCAAUUUAUUGAAGGGUGGACAUCCGCUCAAGGACGGUCUUCCGCAUUAUCUUCACAUACAAGAGGCAGUAAUAGCAUUGCUUCAGCUGUCAAUCCGUCAUCACCAAUGGCGUCAACCCCACCAGGGCCACGAGAAACGAUUUUAGACAGAGCAUUUCAGCUGAGAUAUAUACCAGGAAGCGGCAGGGUCGGAGAUAUAGAUGAGGAAAAGAUCAGUAGUAUCGCCAGAUUUGAAGCAUUGAUGAAGGAGGUCGAUGAGAAGAAGAAGCAAAAGGGGCUGGUUAGUCAGAACAGAAAUAAAGAAGAAUGGGGCCUGGAUGAGGAGUCAGAGGAUUCCGAUGAUGUUGAAUCGGGAGAUGAAGGGGAGGAAAAGCUAGAAAUGCCAACACCAGCUCAAAGAGCGUUGGACUUUAUCUCUGGCCGUCGAGUACCACCACCACCAUCAGCACGACCUUUGUCGCCACCACCCCGAAGCCCACCCAUUCCGUUUCUCAAUUCUCAAGCCAUGUCGGCAUUCCAUGGCGGGCCAUCAGCAUCUAAUAAUAUUCGACCUCGAGCGGGGACUACUUCAUCGCGAAAUAAAACAAGUCGCCCGAGUUCGAUGGCACUUCCAUCUCGAUCGAUGUCGACAGCGACGAUACCAACACUGAAAGAAAAUAUGAGUGGGAAUGGAAAUCUGAAAGCUGAUGAUCGUGGGAAAGAAAAACGACGAAGCAGUACCAGCGUCAAAAGACUUAGCUUUCAAGAGUUCACAAAACGGCUCUCGUCAACGAGUAGUUUGUUAUUGGUACAAACAAACGCAAGCUCUUCUUCUGGUAAGGACGGGAGUAGAAGAACGAGUAGUGAGUAUGGAUUUGAGGGCCUAGAAGGGGGUUUGAGAAGUCCAGGUCUCUCUGGUGAUAAUCGGGAUAAGAGAUGUGGUUGGAGAGGGAGUGUUGGCGUUUUUGGAGGCGAGGGGGGUUUCUUAUGA